AUUAAUCAAACUUGUUUUUUUCAAUGCAUGGGGUCAGUUUGACGGUUGCAAUUUUCAUUAGUGUAGUAGUUAGAUUUGGACUUUUCAAACUUUGCUAACCCUAGGCCCCUCCUUUACCACCCCAUUUGUUUAAAUUCAUCUUUUCCAUAACCCCUAUGCUUUCAAAUUCAUACAUAUUUUUCUUACAAUGGCGAUUGAACUAUGUUCAGAUGAUUCUAGUCCUCGUUUUUCUUUCUCUCACGACAUUUCACAAACAGAUUCUGUUCGAAUUCCAUCAACUAAUUCAUCCUCCUCUAGUAUUGAUUUUGAUUUUUGUGUAUUUCAUCAAACCUUUGAUCUUCAAUCUACUUCAGCUGAUGAGCUUUUCUGUGAUGGAAAAAUUCUCCCUAUUGAAAUAAAAAGAAAAAAUAUCCCUCCAUCUCUUCCACCAAACAAAAAUUCAGAUCAAAACACGCCGAUAAAAAGUCAUAAAUUGGUCAUACCCAGUCAUAACGCUUACAACGCAAGCGUCAAAAACCAAAGGUUAUCAACAGAUGAAAAACAGAGCUCAAAGUCAUUUUGGAGAUUUAAGCGUAGUAAUAGUACUAGUAGUUACGUAAGAACUUUAUGUCCUUUACCAAUUCUAUCGCGAAGUAAUUCAACUGGUUCAACUCAGAACAUGAAACACAAACAUCAUUUUCAUAAAUCGUCAUCCUCUGUUUCUUCCUCAGACGGUCAUUAUCAAAAACCUCCAUUGAGAAAAGCUCCAGGUUACAUCAAUGGGAUUAAAAUCAGCCCAGUAUUAAAUGUUCCUCCAGCAAAUUUGUUCGGUUUGAGCUCUAUCUUUUCAAGUAGCAAGGAAAAGAACAAGAAGAGGUAAAAAUUGCUAUCAGUGUGUGUCCCAUUCUCUGCUUUGAUAUUUUGUUUUUGUGCUUUUGGUUGCUUGCACAUGCUGGGAUUCUAAUUUUAUCUAAUUGGAAUUUGAUUCUUAUAUCAAAAGAGACUAUGGAAAAAAUGUAGUAGUUGUUAGUUGGUUGUUUAUGACUUAAUUUAUGAAUAUUUUUAUUG